CCAUCAGUUCAUAAUUGAUUUUACGUAUAAAUUCAAACGAACGUACUUUUGUGCAAUUCAAUUGGAAAAAAAAGACGAGAUAUAGAAACUUUGUGCUACUAAAGUGGUCAUCUGUUUGUGUGGUAUCACUGUUAAAACGUACAUAAUAAAAUGGUGAAAGAUGGGUGUUAAUACUUGAAUGGAAAGGAGUUCAUAAAAUUGGAUCGUGUUGAUCAUCGGCGGAAUAUCAAUACUGGUGCGUUUUUCCGGGUGGCAUUGAACUAUUUACAUUAAGUGUGCAACACGUUCACCAAUGUUGAAAUGAGGCAGAAGCGCGGCAUGUAUGACGACUCGCGAAAACUAUACGAUAAACACAUGCAGUUCGCCCCGCACGGGCUCUGCAUUUUGUCGGAUUAAUGAUCAAUGGCUUUAUUUGAGAAACGAUAUACGAAUAAAGUGCUGCUAGAUGAUACAGAAAAGUUGACAAGCGUCAUUGAAAAUGCAAGAACAAUCGACGGACACACGGAAUAUGUGAUUAGAACACAAAGAGGUCCACUUCCAGAAAAAUCUUGGAGAGUUAGCAGACGCUAUAAUGACUUCAUUCAGCUCAAUGCAGCUUUAUCAAUAUCAGGCAUUGAUCUGGCACUUCCUCCAAAGAAAAUUAUUCGUAAUAUGGAACCAGACUUCAUAGCUCAGCGUCAAAUAGCCCUACAGAAUUAUCUAAACAAUAUACUAAUGAAUCCUAUAUUGGCAUCGUCACUUCCUAUGAAAAAAUUCUUAGACCCAGAUAAUUACACAGCACCAUUACAUGAAAUAGCAUUGCAACAGGUGUCACUAGCUUUACGCAGCGAUGCGAAUUUCGAAGUUUGUAAAGCUAUUCCCGAUAUGGGAUGGCGGUUAAGAAAGCAUUAUUACACCGUUAAAAAUCGGCAAAAUCCCAAGCAAGAAUUACUGCUUGCAUGGGUAGAAUUUGGUCCAGACAAACAUUUGCAGGACAAAGAUAUGCAAGGUGUUUUUAAAAGUUUAGGAACAUUAAAACACAAUUACAUAGAACCGCCCGUUUUUCAACAUGUGACGGAAAACGGAGCUUUAAUGAUAAGAAAUUUUUAUCCAUCGGGUACAUUGCGUGAUACCUUAUGUGUAACUAAACCUAAACAACCGUUUAUAAAGAAAUAUGGAAACCCAAAACAAACCAAAUCGUUAACAGUGCCUGAAAUUGCUAUGUAUGGUUACCAAAUUUUAGAGGCUUUAGGAUUUCUUCACGAGAAAGGCCUACCAUAUGGACAUUUACAUACGGGAAACAUUCUUUUGAUUCAGAGGUGUGCAAAAUUGUUAGAUAUUGAAAAUGGUCUUCUAGGUUUACCAGCAUUUUAUCGGCCUUACGUUGUACAAAGACGAAAACUUCACGCUACGACUCAAGUGGACAUUUAUUCUUUUGGACAUGUGUUAUAUGAAAUGGCAUUUGGGAGGCCGCUGUUGGAAGCAACAUGUUCGGAUUUACCAUAUUGCGAAGCAAGUCUAAAAAGUUUACUCGAGGUGAUAUUAUCACCUGAGGCUUUAAAACAAGAUCUACCAACAAUAUCACAUUUAUUGGAACAUCCAUUCUUUGAGUCAGCAAGGCAUGCUGCAUUGGCUGUUGGUUCCAUGGAAAGACCACACUUCAAAUUAAGCAGUCAUUUAAAGGAAGCCUUGCAUGAAGCAGUGAACAAAGCAGAACAAAGAUUAAAAGACGAACAAAAAGUAGCCAGACAUCAGAAGAGGCUUGUCAAAGUUCAAGAAAUGAUGAGUUCAGAGGAAGAGAUGAAGAAACGAAAACAAAAACUGAAAAAGGAACAAAAAUUAGCACAAGAACAACGUUCCGCGAAUCAAUUAAGCGCAAAUGGAAUGAAGCACGCAAAUGGCAAGAGCCCUGAACGUUCAGACAGUCCUACAAGUACAUCUACGGCGACCAGUGUUGGAACCUUGACACCACCAUCGCUCCGUUCUGUUGAUGUGCCGCAAGGUGAUGGAGUUCCUGCUAAGAGUGUUGUACCACCACCUCCGCCACAAAUGCCACCACCUGUUGAUGUCUCAAACAGUGUCCCGAAAUUGACCAACGAACAAUCUGCUCUGCUUGGGAGUAUUUGUAACUUCAAUAAAACUAGUCUUCGUAAAGUUGCUAAUGGUAAAUACCAUUGAGACGAUAGGGUUAGAUUGAUUUGAGAGAGAAAAGUGUUGAACGAUCCCGUUGAUUUAGAAAAAGAAACGUGUGACUGCGAUCUAUACCAAAAGGCUAACUAUUUUUUUCAUAGAAUAAAUGUGAUGGUGUUUAUAAAUUUCUUUUUUCGAU